AUGACCAACAACAAACCACACCUUAACUUCCGAGCCUUUGUGGAGGCUCUCAAAGCCGACGAUGACCUCGUUGAGAUCAACACCCCGGUUGACCCCAAUCUUGAAGCUGCUGCCAUUACUCGGCUGGUCUGUGAGACCGACGACAAGGCCCCUCUAUUCAACAACGUCAUUGGCGCUCAAAAUGGCCUCUUCCGCAUUCUCGGUGCCCCGGGAUCUCUGAGAAAGUCCUCCAAGGACCGCUAUGGUCGUCUGGCUCGCCAUUUGGCCCUACCGCCAACGGCCUCGAUGAAGGAAAUCCUCGACAAGAUGCUGUCUGCCAGCGAGAUGCCUCCCAUCCCACCAACGGUCGUACCCACUGAUCCUUGCAAGGAGAAUGUCUUGGAGGAAAGCCAGAUUGAUCUGACCAAAUUGCCUGCCCCUCUGAUCCACCAGGCCGACGGUGGCAAGUAUAUCCAAACCUAUGGCAUGCACAUAGUCCAGUCUCCUGAUGGAUCAUGGACCAACUGGUCUAUUGCUCGCGCCAUGGUCUCUGAUGAUAAACACCUUACGGGACUGGUCAUCGAGCCUCAGCACAUCUGGCAGAUCCACCAGAUGUGGAAGAAGGAAGGCAAAGACGUCCCUUGGGCCCUGGCCUUUGGCGUUCCCCCAGCUGCCAUCAUGGCCUCUAGCAUGCCCAUCCCCGACGGCGUCACAGAAGCUGGCUACGUUGGUGCCAUGACCGGAUCCUCUUUGGAACUAGUCAAAUGCGACACGAACAACCUCUACGUACCCGCCAACUCCGAGAUCGUCCUCGAAGGUACCCUCUCUAUCACCGAGAAGGGCCCCGAGGGUCCCUUCGGCGAAAUGCACGGCUACGUCUUCCCUGGUGACGUCCAUCAGUGGCCAAAGUAUAAGGUCAACCGAAUCACCUACCGUAACGACCCCAUCCUCCCCAUGUCAUCUUGCGGCCGCUUAACUGAUGAGACGCACACGAUGAUCGGUUCUCUCGCCGCGGCUGAAAUCCGCAAGGUCUGCCAGCAAAACGGCCUACCCGUCACUGACGCAUUUGCUCCCUUCGAAUCUCAAGUGACAUGGGUUGCCCUGCGCAUCGACACCGCCCGUCUGCGCGAGAUGAAGACCACCUCUGCUGAAUUCCGCAAGCGCGUUGGCGACGUCGUCUUCAACCAUAAGGCUGGCUACACAAUUAACCGACUGGUCCUGGCCGGCGAUGAUAUUGAUGUGUAUAACGGCAAGGAUGUGAUGUGGGCUUUCUCGACGCGGUGCCGGCCUAGCCUCGAUGAGACGUUCUUCGAGGAUGUGCGUGGGUUCCCGUUGGUUCCGUACAUGUCGCAUGGUAAUGGGUCGCCGACGAUGGGUGGAAAGGUUGUUUCUGAUGCUCUGAUGCCGUCAGAGUAUACUACUGGACGGGACUGGCAAGCGGCUGACUUUGAGAACUCGUUCCCGGAGGACGUUAAGAAGAAGGUCCUUGAGAACUGGACGAAGAUGGGGUUCCGGGAGGAGUAG